CAAAACCCACCACCUUCCGUACUCUCCCAUUGCGCCUUGUCGGCCACCCCAAUCCCCAAUCCCCCCUCAUGUUGCGGACAUCACUGCGAUCCGUGAGGGCGCUGGGCACCAGGCCCGCCGCGGCUGCUGCUGGCCGCCAAUGGCAAGUUGCUGCGGCCCGGCGUGCGGUUGUGUCGGGGCAGGUUCAGAACCGAUUCUACGCCGACAAUAGCAAGCGUCCCGAUGAAGUCAAGAUUCCGGCCUCCGAGACCCUGACGGCCCCGUCGACCCCGGCCCCGGCUCCGGCUCCUCCCGCCGUCGAGAAGGCCCCCCCCAAGCCUCCCGCCCCGGGCCCGGCGGCCACGCCAGCGACAGCGACCAAGACUCCGCCUCCGCCGCCGCCGCCGCCGACGACGACGAUGCCUCCGCCGCCGGUGCCCCCCAGGAAGAAGGGCUUCUUCCGGCGGCUGCGCAACUUCGUCCUGACGCUGACCCUGCUGAGCGCCCUGGGAUUCGCCGGCGGUGUGUGGUAUGCGCGCAUCAACGACAACUUCCACGACUUCUUUACCGAGUACAUCCCCUACGGCGAGCAGGCCGUGCUCUAUUUCGAGGAGAUGGAUUUCAAGAAGCGGUUUCCCAACGUGGCCGGCAGAGUGACGGGCCGACGGCCGGAGGGCGAGCAGGUCAAGAUCCCCGCCCAGAGUGGCGCCUCGUGGCGUGUCGCCGACGGCAGGGAGACCGGCGGCCGCCAGUCGAGCGCGGUGCAAAAAGUCGAGGCCGCCAAGGAGCCCAGCCGAAAGGCGGAGCCCGCUGUCGUCGCCCAGGCCAAGCAGGAGACGGCCAAGCAGCCCUCGGCCGAGACUACCACCAAGGCGGCGGAGGAGAAGCCCGUUCCCGUGCCCACGCCCGCUCCCGGUCCGACCCCGGCUCCGGCUCCUGAGCCUGCUGCCAUCGAUCCCGCUCCCGCGAAGCAGUCGUUCAAGGCUCCCGAGGUGGACGAGCCCUCGCGGUGGCCGCCCGCCUCGCCCAUCGACCCGCUCGCCGUCCCCGACGCGGCCGAGCCGGUCGUCCAGGCCAUGGUGCGCAUGCUGAACGACAUCAUCACCGUCAUCAACCACGACGGCGCCAGCGAGAAGUACGGCGCGACCAUCGGCAAGGCCAAGGGCGAGAUCAGCAAGCUCGGCCAGAAGGUCCGCGACCUCAGGGCGGCGGUGGAGAAGGAGGCCGCGCAGCAGGUCAAGGAGCGCGUCGACGGCUUCGACAAGGCCGCCAACGAGCUGGUCUCGCGCCUCGAGGCCGCCAUGGCGGCGCAGGAGCAGCAGUUCCGGCGCGAGUUCGAGGCCGAGAUGGAGCGGCUGAGGAAGAGCUACGACAGCAAGGUGCAGCUCAUCCAGGAGCGCGAGCGCCAGCUGGCCGAGGAGAAGCUCAACAACCGGCUGCUCGAGCAGGCCAUCCAGCUGCAGCGCCAGUUCGCCAGUGACAUCAAGAGGCACGUCGAGGAGGAGCGCGAGGGCCGCCUCGGCAAGCUCGAGGAGCUCAAGGCCGCCGUGGCCGACCUCGAGAGGCUCACGGCCGGCUGGAACGAGGUGGUCGACUCCAACCUGCGCACGCAGCAGCUGCACGUCGCCGUCGAGGCCGUGCGCGCCAGCCUCGAGGACGCCCGCCACCCGCGGCCCUUCGUCAAGGAGCUGAUCGCCCUCAAGGAGAUCGCCGCCCAGGACCCCGUCAUCGACGCCGCCAUCGCGUCCAUCCACCCGUCGGCCUACCAGCGCGGCGUCUCGACCCCGGCCGAGCUGAUCGACCGGUUCCGCCGCGUGGCCGCCGAGGUGCGCAAGGCGUCCCUGCUGCCGGAGGACGCCGGCGUCGCCAGCCACGCCUCGAGCUACGUCCUGAGCAAGGUCCUCUUCAAGAAGCAGGGCCUGGCCGCGGGCGACGACGUCGAGAGCAUCCUGACCCGCACGCAGACCUUCCUCGAGGAGGGCGACCUGGACAACGCGGCGCGCGAGAUGAACGGCCUCACCGGCUGGUCCAAGACGCUCAGCCGCGACUGGCUAGCCGAGGUGAGGAAGGUGUUGGAAGUGCGCCAGGCCUUGGACGUCAUCCAAACCGAGGCUAGGCUGCAGAGUUUGAAGGCGGAGUAGACGGGACUUUUAUUCUUUAACUUUUUCCUUUGUCGAUGUAUGUACAUUCCUGCGUUACUGCGUAGAUCUAAAGGUCAAGAAGGACGGUUCGGGCUGGGUGCGUGUAUUAAGUAGCCAAUAGACGCGGUCAGCUGUUGUCAGCUCGUUUUCCAUCGAUUGUUUGCUUUUGGUAGUGUGGCAGCUCAGGUUCGGGGGUGUGUGUGGAAUGCAGAUUUUGAGGUUUUGGGCUCGUUCGGGGUGUUUAUCCGCUGUGAUGAUAUUUUAUAACCUUGAGAAUCUUCGGAGUUGAUUGAACCAAAACCAAAAAACCA